AUGGCGGCCACAGCCUACACCUCGGUCCGCAGGUGCUCCAUGUCCUCGACAGGGUCGUCUGGGUCGGGCCACAGCGACGCAGAGGCAGAAGCGUUACCGUCGGCAUCCAAAACGAGCGCGGCGCGUUACAUGGACGUGGACGGCGAUGACUACGAGGAAUACAACAAUUGCGACAACGGCACAAAAGACGAGGCCUUGCCGUCGUCGCAGCCCUCCUUCUCCGCCAACGCGACGCCCAGCCCUGCCAACUUCUUCCCCUGCGUCGAAACGAGCCUGACGCCCAUGUCCAUGGACAGCGACCUGUUUCCCGACUGUGAUUUCGACGGCAGCAGAGGAGAGGACAAGACGGGCAGUCCGAGGCAGCAACAUCAGCAGCAACAAGAACAACAACAGCAGCAGCAGCAGCAGCAGCAGCAGCAGCAGCAGCAGCAGUCGACAUCACCGGCUUCGACGAUACCAACUUCUGGAAAGUGGUCGUCGGCGUCGUCCUCGUCGUCGCCGUAUGCUGUGCGACCGGGCCACGGUGACAAAUACACAAAUACAAGCACAACAUCCGUCGAGAAAGCAUCGCCUGCGACACCAGCGACGGCGGCCAUGCGGCUACCACACGCGUCGGCGACAUGUCCGGCGGCGGGAGAUAAGCAACGACAUGUCUCGGGUGCACGCCAAGACGACGCAGCAGAAAUAGAAGCGGCAGCGUUGCACUCAGCCAGGACGAACCAGAGCCACGACGACAGCGGUAGCAGUAACAGCAGCAGCAGCAAGGCGGGCCACGAUGAAAUGGGCGAGUGGGUGACUGGCUGGACUGACGAUGCAAGGGAGAGAAAUAAGGGAGAAGAGGCAGAGGCCGGCCCGCUGGCAAUCUCGCCUGAGAACCCGCGCCAACGCCGUGCAGGGACGACGCCGCUGUCGCUGGAUGUGCUGCAGAUGGUCAGGGGGGACGAGGAGGGCGAUAACGAUAAGGAAAGGGAUAGCGUCCCAGCACCGACCACCGCUACCACUACCGCUACCGCUACGGGCUCCUGCUCUCCUACCACUGCCACCACCCAACCCGCUUCGGCCCUGCGGACGGAAAAUAUCAUCGGGACCAACAACAACAACAGCAACGGUAAUAAUAAUAUUAUUAGCAACAUCGGCAAUACCGCCGUCGUGCCCCCGAAUACGAGCUCUGCUGCAUCCGCCAUCACGAGCCCGCCUGCAUCCGUCUCGUCACCUUCCACCGUCUUCUCCGCCCCCGCUGCACUCACCCGCCAACUUUCCGCAACUUCGUCACCCCCUACCGGCAGCCUCGUCUCCCAGAUUCAGGAGAACCUGCUGCUGCAGCAAAACCCCUCCUCCUCUUCGUCGUCGUCCUCCUCCUCCUCCUCCUCGUCUGCCGCCAAUCUCGUGCGACCCGUCGCCAGACCCAUCGUCCGAACUACUUCCGAUUCCAACUUCACCCUCAAGCAUCCCAUUCCCGAUCUCAACUGCCGCUCCGGCGCCUACACCGGCAACGUUGCCGCCCUCGAGAAGUCGGCCGAGCGCCUGUCCAUGACCAGCUCCAUCGAGGACGCCAUCCGCGACUUGCAUGGUGAACUGAAGCGCUCCGACUCCCGCCGCUCCUCCAUCCUCGCCGCAAACCUCGCCGCUGCCGCCUCCCCUUCCCACACCGACGAGUCCUCGGCUCAGCCCGGCCCCCUUCGCGUCCUCCCUCCCGUCGCCUCCAUUGUCGAGCUCAACAACGCCGCUCGCAUCGGCGGAUACUCCCCCAGCGGCUACGUCAUGUCUCCCAACCACUCUUUGACCGGUCGCCUGCGCUCUGGCUCCAAGAACUCCACUGGCCGUCCCGAGAUCGACGUCGAUGCCAUCUUGUCGCGCCACGGCCCCGGCAAGGGCUCCAUUAGGAGCGUUCGCUCCUCCGCCAAGCCUUCCCUGGCCGAGAUUGCCGAGUCCGAGCCCGUCGCCCUGACCGGUCGCGUGCUCGAUGAGGCCGACGAUGCCCCCGUGCCAGUGACCGCCGCCGACGAUGCCACCAUCCGCCGCCCCAACACCCGCCACGACGACGACCCCAGCGCCAGCUACCACGACAUGCUCGGCGACAUGGAUCGUCAAUCUUCCGGUCUCGGCCUCGACUUUGCCGCCGACAACGCCGGGCCGAACCCGGAUGACAGGCCGCCCACCCCCAAGUCGACCUCGACCUUUGACCACACCAAUGUGUUUGGCGACUUUGACGGCGUGCACUGCCAGCCCGAAGAUGUCGAGCGCGCCUACGACCACCACGAGCCCGCCGAUGGUGCGUAUCGCGAGAGACCCGUCGUGCCCAGGCCGCAGGCGAUGCCUAUGCCCGAUAUCCCCGAGCCCCAGUGGGAGCCGCUGUCGCGCCGCGUGCCGCCCACGAACAGGGCCGCCGUGGGCCGGCCGCAGUCGUACUUUGACCCGCUCACCGGCCAGGAGAUGCUUUACUACCCCGCCCGCGUACCGGCCAUGCUGAAUCUGCCGCCCAAGCUGUCCAAGAAGCCCAAGACCGAGGUCCGCAACGCGAGACAUUCAAAGGUGCUGCAGGCAAUGGGCCACCCCGGCUUUGGCAAGGCCGAGUACCUGCCGCAGGACCCCGAGACGGUGGUGCGCGAGUCCAAGAUGUGGCUGCCCGACCCGCUCGCUGGCCACGGCAUGACCACCUUUGGCGAUGUUGCUGAAGGCGAACCUUCUGGGGAUGCAUCGAUGAAAUCGCCCGUCCACGAUUCACAUUUGCCGUCGGAGCAGGCCGACGCGUUGCUGGCGGGUGGGCAAUCUGAGGACAUGCCACAGCAGCCGCCUCCGCCGCCGCCCACCCAGCAACGGCGCAAGUCAAAAAUGCCAAGGGCCUCCCAGCUGCCACCGCAACUGCGUGCGAGCGCCUUUUUCGACCUGCCGUCAACACCACCCAAAAUCGAGGUCAAGGAAGGUUCACCCAUGGCCACGCUCGACAGCAUCCUAGACGCGUCCACGACCGCACCGGUCAGCGCCUUCACGGACCAUGCCUUUGCCGGCAAGCUCGGUUCCGAGGUGUACGGCCCCGACAAGAACAAGAACAGAAAGUCGGCCGCACCCACCGUCCUGCUGCCCGAGGAGCACGUCAGGGCUGCCUCGCAGAAGAAGAAGGGCGGCCUCAUGCCCUUUGGCAAGAAGUCGGAUGACGGAUCCCGCAAGAGUUCGAUGGCCGACGGCAGCAGAGAAGAGAACCAAGGUUUGUCCGAUCACGUCGACGGGGAUGGGGUGGACAGGCCCGAAGACAAGGGCUCGGAAGACGACGGCGAGGAAGACGAGGAAGAAGAGGAGGACGAGUUCGCAGGUGUUCUCGACGGGCCCCCAACGACCCUGCUCGCCGAGCUGCAGCUGCGCAAGUAUCACGCAAGGAUGCGCACCCAGAACCCGAACCGCAACGUCGGCCAGAACGGUAUGCACGCCACCCUAAUCGAGUUGGAUGCCGUUGCGGAGGCGCAGAAGAGGCACCGCGAGAAGAAGAAGAUUGCGCUAGCCUGGGAAGAAGGGGCCAAGGAUGAGGACGGCAGCUCCGACGAAGACGAAGUCCCGCUCGGCGUGCUCUACGCGCAUCAGCCCGCCAUCGCUGAGAUGAACCGCCCCUUGGGUCUGAUGGAGCGCCGUGAUCAGGAAGAGAAUGAGCCCCUCAGCGCCCGCCGCGCCCGUCUGCACGGUCAGCAGCCGCCAAGGACUUUGGCCAAGCAGAGGAGCCAAUUCACCCUCAACGCCGGUCUGAGCCAACUCCGACUUCACCAGAUGCAUUCAGCCGGUCAACUGAGGCCCCGGGAGGAGUCGGACGACGACGACGCCGUCGAGGGCGAAACCCUGGCCGAGCGCAUGCGCCGCCUCAGGGCAAAGGACGAGGCCGAACACAACAAUCUGCCCAGCACCCGCCCCGUCAGCAAGAUGUUCUCCGAGGAGAUGUUGGCCCAAUUCGGCGAAAUGGUCAAGCAGCCCGAAGACAAGGGCAAGGGGGUCGAGGCUCAGCCCAACGAGGCAGAGGAGACGCUCGGCCAGCGGAGGAAGAGACUGCAGGCCGAGCGCGAGGCCCGCGAACGGGAGAUGAUGCUGAGCGGCGGCCCCGUCGAGCCCGAGGCGCCCCCCCUGCGCAAGAAGCACAGCUUGGCCGACGUCCUCGCCUCGCACCCCGCGGCCCACAACCCUGCCUGGGACGAGCAACGUCGCCUCGAGCAGGAGCAGCGCAAGGUCAGAGAACAGGAGGCAAAGAUGGCCGCCGUCCGCGCGCAGAUGCCCAAGACGCUCACCGGGCCGAAUCUGCAGCGGACCGGCGGAUACAUGAACGGCGCCUUCAACGACGGCUCCGGCGGGCUCGACCACCACAAGCCGGCGGUCAGCAACGGCGUCGGCGUCGGCAUGGGCCCCGGCGGGUGGAACCGCUCCAGCAUGGCCUUCAGCAACUACGGCGCGCCGCUCCAGCAACCCGCUUACGGUGGGCUCAUAGGUCAAGCGGGCAUCACCCACAUGUCUCAGAACCCGACGAACGGCUACGCGGGGUACCCCGCCGGCGGCAUGGGAGGCAUGGGCGGCAUGGGCGGCGCAAACCCGUACGGCGGAGGCAUGGGCAUGCCGAUGCAGAUGCAGCCCAUGGGCGCCGGGAUGCCGAUGCCGAUGCAGCCUGGGCACAAUGGGCAGAUGCAGUCCAUCGAGCGCUGGCGGCAGAGCGUCAUGUACUAG